AUAGAGGCACAAAUAAUGGCACAAGCAGAAGUCCAUAUCUUGCAAGUCUUACGUUAUCCUUUAAGCUUUCUUCAGCACCAGCAACAAUAUUUUUUGUACUUGAUUAGGAUUUACUCUAAUUUCUUGUUUCCUUAGGGGGAUUAGGCAUACAUAUAAAAACUAAGGGCAGGCGUAAACAGCCUCAGCACUCCCCUCUAAAAGUGCAGUCAUCUAUUAUUGAGCGAAAGGCCGAGCGUGGAAAUGCGUGUAAGACGGUGGAUUUGAAGUAGAUUUGGUUUCAAUCGAUCAGCGGAGAAGAAUAUUUGCUGAUGGUAACAAAAGAAGCAGCUAUGUCUUUCUCUCAGUUUGGAUAUCCUUACAAUGCAACUUCUCAGUUUUUCGUGUCGCCAAACCCCAGUACGACUUGCUGCGAUUCGAUUUCCAGGUCGGUGUCUGACGGCUCGAGCGCUCCGCACUCCGCCGCCGCCGCCGCCUCCUUCUGCUGCCCGACCUACGAGAACCGGCUGCUGGCGAGCGCGCGCCCCGAGCUCAACGCCGCGGCGCUCGGCAUGUACGGCUCCCCGUACGCCGCCGGCCACAACUACGCCAACUACUUCCAGUACAGCGCGGAGCCCUCCGCCAUCUACUCCACACUGAACCCACAGUAUGAGAUUAAGGAGGGCACUGGAAGCCUCCACAGUGGGAUCAGCCAGCCCGCUGCUUACUACCCUUACGACCACUCACUGGGCCAGUACCAGUAUGACAGGUACGGGUCGGUAGACUUCAAUGGCUCAGCCAGGAGGAAAAAUGCCACCCGCGAGACCACAAGCACUCUCAAAACAUGGCUUUAUGAACACCGGAAGAACCCGUACCCAACCAAGGGCGAAAAGAUCAUGCUGGCCAUCAUCACCAAAAUGACCCUCACCCAAGUGUCCACCUGGUUCGCCAACGCCAGGAGGAGGCUGAAGAAGGAGAACAAGAUGACCUGGUCACCCAAGAACAAAGCAGGAGAUGACAAGAAGGAGAACCUGGAUAAGAUGGAGCAGGAAUGUGUCACCAAAGACUCUAAAGACUGUAAAGAAGAGCGGGACCUGCGCCUCAGUGACCUGGAUGACAUCGAGGAUGAGGAUGAGGACUGUGACAAGCUGGACAGCGACUGUGAGAAAUCUGGCCAGGAUGCACUGGCUCUCGCCCAACCCUCUGUGCCCACGUCCACCCCCCCAAAGAGAGACUGCAACGCCGACCUGCCUGUACCCUCUGGCUUCCCUUCCUUCCCUUGCGGCCUAAAGGGCGUGACAGCCCUUGUUCCAGACUACCUGGACCCUCUGGGCUCCAAACAGCAGCAGCAGCAGCCUCCGACUUUAUCCACUUCCAUGGGCCCCAUUUCCCUGUCCCACUUCCAGGCAUCGUCGGAUCAGAAGCCACGGAUCUGGUCUCUGGCCCAGACUGCAGCUUCUGGGGUGGUGCUGGGGAGCACCCAUAAUGCAGGGGAGAUACGGACUGGGGGUGGAGUGGGAAACUGCCAGCUACAAACAUCCCGGGUACCUGUGGUGGGCACCGGAGGGCAGUGUGGGGAUGCCAAGGGCCUCCAGGACCCCACGAGCCUGGGAAACACUGAGAGCCUUUUCGAAGAGGGAGCACAGGGGCUAAAUAAGGCAUACAACACAGGAAGCUACAGAGGCCUACAACUUCACUGUUCCUCCUACCAGGCCCUGACAGACUCCUGCCAGUACUCCAGCAUGGAAGGAUUCUGCAGUGGGGCCAAGUCUGAGUCCGAAGCCUCCGAGCUCAGUGACACGUGUCUAACGCUGCAGGACACCAAGACAACCGCUUUCAGACCUGUGAUGAAGAGGUGAGGCAGGCUCGCGGAGGCGCUACCCUUACGCACCGGGACGUUUCUGUAACUUCAAUUAUGCACUACGGACCUGAGACGACGUACAAAAAGCUCUUGGCAGCUGAAACGUGAGCGCGCUGAAUGGGCCGCUCCGCAGGAACUGUGAACGCGGAGGUAGCCAUAAUUUUGCACAAUAUGAUUUCCAUGGUGUUGAUGACUUUAUGCAAUGUUUAAAAAAAAUGCAACUGUUAUGAAACAAACAAAACAAAACAAAACAAAAAAAAAACAUGUCUGUGAAUUUCUGAUGUCUGCAAUGGCAAUCGUAGUUUAGUGGUCUUAUUUAUCUAUUUAUUGUUUUAUUCUUUCAUUUAUUUCACUAUUUAUUUCCGUGCCAUGCGUCUCUCUCAAUGUUUCGUUGUGUAGUUUAUUUCCCGUGGUCACGUGCUAAAUGUUUCUCCGUGUUUGUUUGUUUUUUUUUUUUUUCUCGUUUGUUUGUCUGUUUGUUUUGGGGGGACAAAUGUGAAGCUUGUCGUGAGCCUUUUUUAUUAUUAUUAUUAUUAAUGUUUUAUUUGCUUACUGACUCUGAGUAUUGCAGCCUAAAGAAUGAGCCAUGUUCGACAAAAGACAAAAAAGAAGAAGAAAAGAAAAGGACAUUGUGAACGGGCCUAUAAGUGUUCCGUGUUCGCCAUUUAUAAACUAUUUUAUAAGAAUGCAUUUUUUUCCAA